AUGCGUCGCGAGAGACUGGAUUCUGACAUGCCCACCCGAAAGCCAGCCCGUGUUGGCCGUCGCAGCCGCAUGACAACACGCAUGCAGGAGGCCCUAUGUAAUAGACUAAUCAAACAGCCAUAUAUGUAUCGAUGCGAAAUGGCAGACUUCCUAUAUCGUAGCUUUGGGAUGAGAAUAUCGGAGCGAUCAAUCGGCCGGACCCUGCAGUCAAUUAGGUGGACGAGAAAGACGAUCCGCCGCAUUGCACAACAACGUGACGACGACCUUCGAGACCAUUAUCUUCAUCGCAUCUCGCAAUACCAGUCGUAUCAGCUUGUCUUUGUCGAUGAGUCUGGAUGCGACAGCAGAGCGGGAUACCGGCGUUGGGGGUGGUCGCCGAAAGGGUCGUCUCCAGUGGAGACCACGAGGUUCGGUCGCGGGAAAAGAUGGCACAUUCUGCCAGCCUACGCUCAAGAUGGCAUUGUUUUGAGGCGAGUAUACCAAGGAUCAACCGACAGUGACUUAUUCGAGGACUUUAUAGCCCAGCUACUGCAUCACUGUGGCAGAUAUCCAGAGCCAAAAUCCGUCCUCGUUAUGGAUAAUGCUUCAUGGCAUCAUUCGGAGAAGAUUAUACAGAUAUGCCGAGAUGCGGGAGUGGUAGUGGAAUUUCUGUCUCCAUACUCACCCGACUUCAACCCUAUUGAGGAACACUUUGGAGUCCUCAAAAAGUUUAUUAAGAAAAAAUGGCAUGAAAAUGAGGACUUUAUUUCUAGGGAGUUUAAGAUGUUUCUGGAAUGGUGCGUUGACGUGGUUGGGGACGAUGCUGACGUAGCAGAGGCUCACUUUCGUCACGCGGGGAUAUCUAUCACAAAACCACCAGAACAAGUGCAAUUACUUUAA